AUGGCGACUACAGUGGACAAGAUCAAGGAUAUCGAGGCCGAAAUGGCCAAGACCCAAAAAAACAAGGCAACGUCGUUUCAUCUUGGGCAACUGAAGGCAAAACUCGCUAAGCUCAAGAGGGAACUGCUCGAGCCCUCAAGCAGCGGUGGCGGUGGUGCAGGUGUAGGAUUCGAUGUUGCUAGGACUGGUGUGGCCAGUGUUGGCUUUAUUGGCUUUCCAUCGGUGGGAAAGAGUACGCUCAUGAGUAGAUUGACAGGACAGCACUCUGAAGCCGCCGCAUAUGAGUUCACUACGCUUACUACUGUGCCGGGUCAGGUCAUGUACAACGGAGCCAAGAUUCAAAUUCUCGAUCUUCCCGGUAUCAUUCAAGGUGCAAAGGACGGCAAGGGUCGUGGUCGACAGGUCAUCGCGGUGGCGAAAACAUGCCAUUUGAUUUUUAUUGUCUUGGAUGUCAACAAGCCCCUCACGGACAAGAGCGUCAUCGAGAACGAACUGGAGGGUUUCGGUAUAAGGAUCAACAAGAGCCCACCAAACAUUGUCCUCAAGAAGAAAGACAAGGGAGGUAUUAACAUUACGGCGACUGUUCCACUUACACACAUCGACCACGGCGAGAUCAAGGCCGUAUUGACCGAAUAUCGAAUGGCAAACGCGGAUGUGGCCAUCCGGUGCGAUGCCACGGUCGAUGAUCUGAUCGACGUCAUUGAAGCCAAAGGACGAAGCUAUAUCCCAGUCAUCUAUGCACUGAACAAAAUUGAUGCCAUUAGUAUCGAGGAACUGGACCUGCUAUAUCGGAUUCCGAACGCUUGCCCGAUUAGCUCCGAGCAUGGGUGGAAUAUCGACGAGCUCCUCGAGCAGAUGUGGGAGAAGUUGAAUCUCGUGCGCGUUUAUACCAAGCCCAAGGGCAAAAUGCCGGAUUAUUCGGCGCCUGUUGUAUUGCGAUCAACGGCUUGCACGAUUGAAGACUUCUGUAAUUCCAUCCAUAAGACAAUUGUGGACAAUUUCAAGCAUGCCAUUGUCUAUGGCAAGUCGUGCAAGCAUCAGCCCCAGCGGGUGGGACUUUCACAUGAGCUCGCCGACGAGGAUAUUGGUACGUACAUGGUCGGACUGGGAUUCUGA